AUGUAUAUGCUGUUGAUUUAUCAUCGUCAUCAUCUAUACAAUCUCUUGGAAAUUCAGUGUUUAAGCUGCCUCUACCUAAGGAGCACACCCGCUUACCAUCUCUCGCCUAAUCCUGUGGUUAAAGUUGACUGGAAAAUAGGAAAGACGAUUAGUUUGUAUCGUUUUCGUACUGUUGAGCCUACAGAAGAUAUAAAGGAAUUUCUGGAGGAGUACUCCGGCGAUGGAACAGUUGUGUCUGUUGAUGUUGAUCAAACAAUAAGUGAGGGGUCAAGAACCAAGGCUAAAGUUCAAUUCACAACCAGUAAAGCAGCUCUAAACGUCAAGCUCAGGUCUUAUCUGAAAGUACGGGAUAUGGAUUGUGAUAUUGUUCCAACGCGAAUGGCCGCUGAGUGUACCAUAGAAAACAUAACACUGCACUUUGGAUGUCAAGUUUCGAGAGAAAAAUUUUAUGCUUUCUGGAAUAAGGAAAAUGCUAUGGUAAAAUUUGGUUUUGGAAACAGGAAAAUCUACCUCUUCCUGACGUACCGUUCUACAAAAUACAAGCUCGAGCUGUCGUACGAAAAUAUUUGGCAGAUUGAGCUGCAUCGACCUCGGGGACAAACUAAGAAAUUUCUCGUUGUCCAGAUGCUCGGGGGCCCCAAGAUUUUUAAGAAAGAAACUGAUGAUCAGUGGGUCCGAGAUGUUGAUUUUUCUCCAUCUUACUGCAUUGGCCAAUCUUCUGCUUUGUGCUUGGAGCUUCCACGCAGCGGCCAACUUCCGAGUUUUCAGGAAAAUUUUCCCUGUUAUAAAGAAGAUGAAGGUCGCUUCUCUCUGGAAUUGGGAUCAACUUUCUGUCGAGGGCACUCAGAUCUUGUUCCCAUUUUGAGCGAAACUCAAGGAAUUGAACUGCCAUAUGACAUCGUGUUUAAAGUCAAUUCCUUGGUCCAGCAUGGCUAUCUUCCUGGACCAGCACUUGAUGCAAGUUUCUAUCGUUUGAUCAAUCCAUCUAGAGUAAAAAUUGCAUACAUACAACAUGCCCUGGAGAAACUGCAUCAUUCGAUGGAGUGCUGUUAUGAUCCUGUAAGGUGGCUGGGGGAGGAAUAUCGGAAAUGCAUCUCCACUGGCAAACUUCCUGCACUACCUGUAGUUGCCGUAGAUGAUGGAUUGGUACUUGUACGUCGGGUUCAGAUAACCCCUACUAAAGUGUACUUCCGCGGUCCAGAGGUGAAUCUCUCCAAUCGCGUUUUACGCAAAUAUCCUGAUGAUAUUGAUAACUUUCUCCGGGUUUCUUUUGUUGACGAGGAUCUAGACAGACUUUUUUCGACAAAUAUAUCUCCACGGACAUUUUCUGCCAUUGAAGGCAGGCAAACAAAAAUUUAUCAAAGGAUAUUGUCGACUCAAAGAAACGGCAUAGUUAUUGGGUCCAAGAAGUUUGAGUUUCUAGGUUUCUCAGCAAGUCAACUGCGAGAAAGUUCUCUUUGGAUGUUUGCUUCUAGAACUGGGCUUAGAGCAGCGGAUAUUAGAAAAUGGAUGGGUGAUUUUCGUGAGAUAAAGAAUGUGGCCAAAUAUGCCGCAAGGCUUGGUCAGUCUUUCGGCUCAUCGAGGGAAAGUUUCAAUAUUGAUGAGCAGGAAAUAGAAAUCAUUCCGGAUAUAGAAGUUAGAAGUGGUGGAGUCGAAUAUGUAUUCUCUGAUGGUAUUGGAAAGAUUUCAGCAGCAUUGGCACAUAGCAUAGCACAGAAAUUUGGCUUUCUAAGUUUUACUCCAUCCGCCUUUCAGAUUAGAUACGGCGGGUACAAAGGUGUUGUGGCUGUUGAUCCCACUUCCUCAAAGAAAUUGUCGUUGAGGAGAAGCAUGUCAAAGUACAAGUCAGCUAACACUAGCUUAGAUAUUUUGGGAUGGAGCAAGUAUCAGGCUUGUUAUCUCAAUCGUGAAGUGAUUACCCUUCUAUCCACCCUUGGAGUUAGGGACCACAUUUUUCAAAGGAAGCAAAAUGAGGCCAUAGCUCAACUAAACGCUAUUUUAACUGAUCCAUUAAGUGCACAGGAGGCACUCGAGUUGAUGGCUCCGGGGGAGAACAUAAACAUUCUGAAGGAAAUGCUUGCAUGCGGUUAUAAACCGGGUUCUGAGCCAUUUCUUGCAAUGAUGCUGCAAACAUUCCGUGCAUCGAAGUUGCUUGAUUUGCGGACAAGAGCGCGGAUAUUUAUUCCACAAGGAAGAGCGAUGAUGGGAUGCUUGGAUGAAACCAGGACGUUGGGAUAUGGUCAAGCAUUUGUUCAGUAUUCUCGUGCUAGACAUGGGCAGUUCCGUGAUCAUUUCAGAGGUGGCGAAUCAGUGAGAAAUACUCAGAUUUUGAAGGGAAAGUUAAUUGUCGCAAAAAACCCGUGUCUACACCCAGGAGACGUGCGGGUCUUAGAGGCUGUGAAUGUGCCAGCUUUGCAUCACAUGGUGGAUUGCAUCGUUUUUCCCCAAAAAGGAAAGAGACCACAUGCAAAUGAAUGCUCGGGAAGUGAUCUAGAUGGAGAUGUGUACUUUGUAUGUUGGGACCCCGAUCUUAUUCCUCCUCGGACAUUUCCACCCAUGGAUUAUACGGCAGCACCAACUACUAUUUUGGAUCAUGAUGUUACGAUAAAGGAAGUCCAAGAGUAUUUUACGGAUUACCUUCUCAACGACAGCUUAGGGAUCAUUUGCAAUGCUCACACAGUCUUUGCAGACAGGGACCCUCUCAUGGCAAGAAGUAAAGAAUGUAUUGAGCUUGCUCGGCUGUCCUCAAUCGCUGUUGACUUCCCUAAAACGGGUGUGCCUGCUAAAAUCCCUCGAGAACUACGUGUCAAAGACUAUCCAGAUUUCAUGGAAAAGGCAGCGGAUAAACGUACCUAUGAAUCCCAGCGUGUGCUUGGAAAGCUUUUUCGAGAUGUAAGAGACUUUGCACCAGACACGAGUCCCGUAAGAUCCUUCACUAAGGAAAUGGCAAGGCGGUCUUAUGACCCUGACAUGGAAGUGGAUGGAUUUCAGGACCAUAUCGAGGAGGCUUUCCACUAUAAAAGUGUGUAUGAUAACAAGUUGGGGAACAUGAUGGAUUAUUAUGGCAUCAAAACUGAGGCCGAAAUAAUCAGUGGUUGCGUCAUGAAAGUGGGCAAAUCUUUUGACAAGAAAAGGGACUUCGAUUCUAUUAAUUAUUCUAUAAGGUCCUUGAGGAAGGAAGCUAGAGCCUGGUUUGACGAGAGCGACAAUAGCCCUGAUGAUCUUUACCCAAAAGCAUCAGCUUGGUACUACGUCACAUAUCAUCAUAGCUAUUGGGGUCGCUACAACGUGGGAAUGAACCGCGUUCAUUUCCUCAGUUUUCCCUGGUGUGUCUAUGACAAGCUUAUUGACAUCAAGAAGGGCAAAGCAUUGGGUGGUGGAGGGGCUUCGCGGUUGACAUCACUGGUGCACCGGUUCAGUCAAGCUUUCAUUUAGAGAUUGAGGACUAGAAGGCAUCCCUUCUGCUGCCUCUCUGAAAAAUUUGAAGCGGAUGUUUGCAUGAUACUACCAUGGUUUUCCUGUGCGACUACUUGGUUUUGCUUAUUGUUAUUACGUGUAGUGCAUGCAGUAUUGUUGUAGGGAGUGAUUUUUGUUCUUAGUUCAGUGGUUGUAAUUUGUCAGGAUUUCUGUAAUUCAAUAAAUGUUUGGUUUGCCUCUUUUUCUCCUGG